UGGAGCUAUCGAUCGGCCACCGCCGCCGACAGAGUGAAAAACGCGUGUAAGUGCAGUCGACGCCUAUUUACGUACGAGAGUUUUGCACGUCCGAAAUUUUCCCCUAUACCCAAAACAAAAAAACAAAACAAAACUAAAUACCAUUAAAUAUAAAACAAGUCUGUUUACGAGAGCGCACUUAGCUCUCAUUCAUACAAACCCGUGUUCAAAUAAUCAGUCAAAAUUCCAUUCUCAACGUUCAAACAGUCUUUCACCACCAAUGUCAAUUAUUUGAAACGAAGGUUCUCUUCGGGAGACCUAUCCUCGGAAGCGGACGAUGCCGACCCGUCGAUGGCCCCCACCGACAGGCCACCGGCGGCGCCUGGGACGCAGUCGCAACAGCGCGCCCAGCAGCGGCAGUACGCGUCCAAACCGUCUCGUUCGCAGGCCGCCACGCCGGCGUCCGAAGCGGCUGACAUGCGACUGGAGUUCCAGCAACAGCAGCAGCCGGGCAACCGGACCAUCAGCGCGCCGACCAGCCCGGCCAAGACGAGAGACUCGAUACUGCAGCGCGUCCAAUCACUGACGGACGCGGCCAAGGAGAAGGCCAGCUCGAUAAGCAACGACAUCAAGUACGCGGCAGCAACACGAAGACAGCAAAGAGUGAGCAAAGACCGUUUGUUGACGUUGCUCGUGGUGGACGACGAGAACUUCGAAUGGUCUAGAUACUUCCGGGGCAAACGGUUCUUUGGCGACUUCGAGAUACACGUCGAACAGGCGGACAUCAAAGACCUGACGGUAACCGCGAGCGCGGAAAGAGGAUGCACUGUCAGCAUGGCAGUGCUCUCGCCUUCCGGUUCCAGGGUGGUCCGUUCGUUCAGACCGGAUUUCUUCCUGUGCCGACAGAGCGUCAGAGACGCCAGUAAGGAUUACCGUAACGUCUUGUUGGGACUGAACAUCGGUGGCGUGCCCAGCAUCAAUUCGUUACAUUCGUUGUACAACUUUCAGGAUAAACCGUGGGUGUACGGGCAAUUGGUACAACUUCAAAAAAAGUUGGGCAAGGAAAAUUUUCCGUUGAUUGAACAGACUUUCUACCCGAGCUCCGGCGAAAUGUCGGUGGCCACUCAAUUGCCAGUGGUCCUCAAAGUUGGACACGCUCAUGGAGGCGUCGGCAAAAUCAAAGUCGAAAAUAAUUCUGACUUCCAGGACAUGACAUCAAUUGUAUCUGUUGCUUCGACGUACUGCACCACCGAACCAUUUGUCGAUAGCAAAUACGAUCUUCAUCUAACUAAAAUCGGACCUCAUUACAGAGCGUUGAUGCGUAAAAGCGUCUCAGGCAAUUGGAAAUCGUGUGUGGGUUCGGCGAUGUUGGAAGAAACAGAAGUUCUAGAAAGAUACAAAUUUUGGCUGGACGCUGUGGCAGAACUUUUUGGUGGUCUGGAUAUCUUGUCAUUGGAGGUAGUUGUUUCCAAAGACGGAAUAGAGCAAAUCAUUGGGGUCAACGACUCUGCAUUAUCCUUGCUGGGAAAUCAGCAAGAAGAAGACAGGAAACAUAUUUUUGAUUUGAUCAUGGAACGAUUAGAAACACAAGUAUUGGCAAAUAUGAGUCUUCAAGCAGUUAGCCAACCACAAGAAGAAGAACCACCAGCCAUUCCGGCGAGACGAGAUUCUUUGGUUUCAGAGAGCAGCGUGACCAGCAGCCACCAAUCUAGCCAACCGGUGAAAGCGAACCUAAGUCGUCAAGGUUCCAUCGUUUCAGCUGCGGCUCCAGUUCCGGUGCAGCAAAACAAAGCAGGGCAGCUGGACGACACCGAAGACACGAUGAAAAAUCUGAGGAAAACUUUCGCUGGAAUUUUCGGCGAAAUGUAAAUGCGAACUCGCCGAAACGACAAAACUGGAAUACCGACGAAAAAAGAUAUUGGAGAAAACAUACUUUAACAUAAAACUAUUGUGUGUUUGCACCACGUAUUAUUUAUGCCUUUUGACAUUAACAAGCUAAACUGUUGAUUUAAUGGAACGAAAAAAAAAAAAAACUAGAAUAGUAAAUUUAAACGGUUUGGCCAAAAAUCGUACGCACUAGAUGUUUAUUAUACGAAAAAAUGCGACGGGAUCAACAAUUUAGUCCACCGAAUACAUUAUUAUUUCAAUAUUAUUCGAGUUACAUAGACAAAACCUGUUAAGUUUUUAUUGUUUAAUUGUAAUCACUUGGCUUUUGCUAAUAUUAUUUGUUUUAGAAAAAAAAUGUUUUCCCGCCUUUCUAUAAAUUUGAUUGUUCUUGAAUUACGUUAUCAUUAAACCUAAUAAUAUAACCUUAUUAAUACUCACUCUAUAUUAUCUAUUAUGUACAUAUAUUAUUAUAUUAUAAUAUAUGCUAUAAAGAAAUUACAUUUUAAAACGGUCAUAAUCAUGGUUAAACUCAAUAUUGUGUGAUCGAUUAAAGCAAUAUAAUUUAAUAUAUUAUAUUAAUAUUAAACGUAAUAGAAUAGACAUAAAAAUACAUAACAAUAUUAUCAAAUUAAUAAUAUAAUCAUACUAUUAUACAACAUUUCUCUUGGCUUUACAUAUUAUUAUAAUAAUAUAUUUUUAAUUCUUUCCUAUAUUAAACAUAGAAAAAAUAAUAAGUAAAGGUUUACCACCCUUAGAACGUGUUUGACUUAUUUUUAUUAGUUAGUAAGUUUUAAUUGACACCAAACGAACGAAACAACAAUAAUUUUAACUUUAUAAUCAUAAUAAUAUAUUUUAAUGAUAGGCAUUUUAUACCAAUAAUUUGCCAACAUUACACACGACGUGUGUAUUAUAUUAUACAAACACAUUGAUUUAUGGAACAAAUAAACCUAAGUAGACUAUUUUUUUUUUAAAUAGUUAUUUGAUACAAUAUUUUAUGAUAAUAAUUACUUUAUUGGUUAAUUAUUAUUAUUACUUUUUGUUAAUUAAUUAAAUUCGAUUUUUUACGAAUCUUAAUUAUUGAUUCUUUAUAAAGUUAUUGGAAAAUUAAAGAAAAAUAUUAUUGUAGUAAGUCAAACUUUGUUUUUUUAAACUGACGUCAACGACCUCAUGUUUUAUCCUGCAUUUGUCCAUAUUCAAUAGCAUCAUUGCAAUUAAAAAUAUACUUUGGAGGAAUACACAUUGCUAAUGAAAUAUUGUAUGAAUUCUAAACCAAUAUUUUGUAACAUAAAUAUAAUUAUACUCCUGUAAAAUUUUUGGAAAAUAAAUCAUUUUUAUUUCUUA